AUGGAUCAUCAUGAUACAGAGAAGAGAGUCACUACGAUGAUUGAUCACAGAAGGCUACACCAAUCUGGAUCAUCAACACUUUUCACCGCGUUUGCGAUCAGCUUCAUUACUCUAAUUGUGGUUACCACUUUGGUCCUAAUGUCUAAUUUCUCUAUGCAACCACAAAGAGAUUUCUCAGAAGUGAAGAUAGAGAUCAAGAGAGUGAUUCCACACUUACCUCUAAGCUCUGAGAAAGAAGGUAAAAGCAAUAAUCCGAUCAAGCAGGAGACACAAGUGAUGAUCACUUCUCCUAACCUGAACAUCAAAGUAAACGAGAAGCUCCAAGUUAUUGAGGUUUUCAGUGGGAAAAACUUGUCUGAGAAGUUUCAAACAAGGGUAAUAGAGUUCAUCGGUAAAGGAUGUGAAGUCAACUUCGUCAUGACAUGGAUUUCAUCUGUAGAGUUCUUCGGCAAUAGAGAGGUUUUCGCUAUCGAAAGUGUCUUUAAAUCUCAUCCUCGUGGUUGCUUGAUGAUCCUAUCUGCAACAAUGGAUUCUCCUCAAGGUUAUACAACAUUGAAGCCGUUUCUUGAUCGUGGUUACAAAGUUCUUGCAGUCACACCCGAUUUGCCUUUUCUACUCAAAGGAACCGCGGGAGAAUCGUGGCUCGAGGAAAUAAAGACCGGGAAAAGAGAUCCAGGCAAGAUUUCAUUAGCUCAGAAUCUCUCAAAUCUCAUGAGGCUUGCUUACUUGUACAAAUAUGGAGGUGUUUACUUAGACACAGACAUGAUUGUUCUGAAAAGUUUCAAAGGUCUAAGGAAUGUAAUUGGAGCUCAAACUCUUAAUCCUUCAUCGACAAAUUGGACGAGAUUGAACAACGCAGUGCUAAUAUUCGACAAGAAUCAUCCUCUCUUACUAAAAUUCAUCGAAGAAUUCGCUCAGACAUUCAAUGGAAACAUAUGGGGAUACAACGGACCAUACCUGGUUUCUCGAGUGGCUCGAGCCGUGGAAGGAUCCAGUGAGUAUAACUUCACCGUCAUGCGACCGUCUGUGUUCUAUCUUGUAAACUGGCUCGAGAUAGAGAAGUUCUUCAAAGUGCCUAAAACAGAGAAAGAUACGAAAUGGGUCAAAAUCAAGCUUGGUCAGAUGCAGAAGAGAAGCUAUGGGUUGCAUCUGUGGAAUAAAUUUAGCAAGAAAUUCGAAAUUGAACAAGGAAGUGCAAUGUGGAGAUUGGUAUCAGAUCAUUGCAUAAUUUGUGAAAUUGGUUCUGCAUCAUAA